AUUUCCUAUGUUUUAGGCUCUUCAACCAGAAUUAUAUUUGCUUCCUGUAAUAGAUCACUUAGGAAAUGUUUAUUCAGCAUCAACAGUUACUUUAGAUGAAGAGCAGAGCAUUUCGGAUACUAUGGAGAUAAAUGGAACAAUUCACAGACCAGAUAGUAUAUCUUUGUCAAAGGAUGAACCUGGAAAUCCAAGUUUGUUGGAAAAUACCUGGAGAGACUUUACAAAUCAGGAAGCUGAAGAAUGCCAGCCUACACAAAGUCACUUUGGAAAUUCCAAGUUGCCAGGAUCAUUGGAAGAGUCAAAUGAUUAUUUUGGAAACCUAAAAAGUCCAUUUCUUUGGAAAAAUAAUGAUGACGAUGAGGAUGAGGAGGAUGAUAAUACAACCAUCAGUAGAAGGCAGGCCAAACUGGUGUGUGACAAGGAGCACAUCGCCCUACCAGAUCUGAUUGAUUUUCCUUCAUUUCCUUCUCAACGAAUUUCUUCAAGAUUAACUGAUACCUCUUUAUUAAAAAUUGAGAGAGAGAAGAUUAUUGAACAAAUGAAACAAGUCAAAGAAGAACGAAAAUAUCUGGAAAAUAUUAGAGAAGAAUUAAUAAAAAAAGUUGAAAAGCUAUUUGAACAAAAUAAAUCGAAACGAUAUCAUGCCUCUGAUAGCUGGAAGAAAAAAUACUUUGACACCAAGAAAGUCACAGCAUCACUGGAGGAAGUUUUAACAAAACUUCGAGAAGAUUUGGAACUUUACUAUAAAAAACUGCUCAUGCAGCUUGAAGCCAGGGAGAUCAAGAUGCGACCAAGGAAUCUGGCAAAUAUCUCAGAUUCUAAGAAUUAUCUUAUAAUACAGAUUACUGAAGUACAGCAUGCAAUUGACCAACUUAAGAGAAAACUGGAUACUGAUAAAAUGAAACUCAUAUUAGAAGUUAAGAUGAGAAAACAAGCAGUUUCAGAUUUACAGACAUUAAAAGCUGAACUGACACAGAAGAAAAUGGGUACACCUUUCCGACCUACAAUGUUUUCUGGAAGUGUGCCAACUUAGAAGUUCAACAGAUGAAUAUUGUUUGUGAUAAAUCAGCCAGAUGAACAGGUAAUCGCAGAGGAGGUGGAAAGUGCUGCCUCCUUGCAGGUCUUCAGGACUGAUUCUGAGAGGCUGUUGGAGGUGACUCAGCACUGAGCUGACAGAGAGAAGGAAUGAGGUCUCACACUUACUUUCUACCCUGCCACACUGCCUCUCAAGAAACACACAGUUAUCAGAAAAGAAAGAAAAUUAAGGCACCAGAUGUUGACAAAAGAACAAAUGGAGAAAAAUGUUUUAAAGAAAAAGUCAGAACUAUAAUGAAAAAUUAUUUACUGUUUUUUAAUGCAUUAGGAAACUGUUUAAAGGCAACUCUGAAAGAAUGCCAGUAACAUUUUAUCUGUGGCAGCACUCUUGGAGUUAGUUUCCUGAUUAGUCUACUCUGAAGAGCAGUGGUAACUUGGUAAGCAAAUGGGCUGCAGUGUAUUUCAGCAGAGUGGACUCACUCGGUACAGGCAUACCUCAUUCGUAAGUCUUUAUCUUGUGCAUUAAGUGGUUUAAGCAUGUUUAAAAUAUAUAUGGUUCUAGAAUAUUGAGUCCAUGAUGAAGCUGCUGUUGAUGAGCAGGAUAAAAGAGCAGAAUGAGUCUUUUCAAGCUCAACAGAAACUGUAUUGUACUGUGUGACUAAAAAUGAGGAACAAAAUAGUAACAAUAGCGUGUUAUUAAAGAGCCACUAACUGGUUUCCAGGGCUCCCAAAAUGUCUCAUGAAUUAUUUAACCUCAAAUAGUAUGUUUUGGAUAGUGGUUACCAAGACACACUUGACAGAUGAAAGGAAUAUUUCAUAAAUAAGAGUUAAGAGUUCAAGGGCUUUAAACAUAAAAAAAUGAUUAAGUAAAAAUGCUAUUAACCUUGAUUUUAUUGGAGGAUGCUGUGUAUUGUGUUGAAAACCAUACUGAAUCACAUUGAUAUAUGCAACUAAUACAUGUGAAUAAAAGUAUCUUAAAGUGUGUCUAGGAAAUAAACUAAAUAUACUUAACUCAAAAAGCAACUCAAUUCUUUCAAAAAAUAACUAAAAUAGUAGUUCUAUUAGAAGACAGGGAUAGGGAGGAGGGGAGACACUCAAAGGACACUGUUUUAGUUACACAGAGAGAAAUGCUGAAUGCCAUCAUCACUAUAAUUAAGAGCAAGGUACCAAUGGUUUAUAGAUUUGAAAACUGCUGACUUUAACUGAUCAUGAUUUCACAUACUACUCAUUCUGAAAGAAGUAUUUCACUAAGACACAUGUUAGGUAAUGGCUCUAACCACACUACAGUCUAUACCUAGAUCAGAACUGGUUGUAUGCCAUAAUUAGAUACAAACAAUUAAAAUGGUAUUUUUUUUUAAAGAAUGCUUCUGCAUCUUCUACCUUACUGAAGAAAAAUUAAGCCAAUGAUUUCAAAACAGUACAUGAUAGUAUAUGCAUUUUAAAUUAUAUAUAACUGAUUACAAUAACCAUAAAAUACUCCUCCUCCCCUGCCUGGUUUUAAGUGGAUUAAAAUGGGCUCCACGUUCAAUAGCUAUAUGUUUGCAACACUUUCUAAAUAUUUUAAUAUAAUUCCAUACAAUAAAAAUCUCAGACAACAAAUAUUGUGUCUGUUUUCUAAAUAUUUUUGGACAUAGCACAUGCAUGCAUAUUGACAUGUGUAUGUACCUGUCUAUGUAUAAUGUUAACAGUUCUCAGAAUAGAGCUCUAGUAAUACUGUUUAAUAUGUUAUAUAUAUAAACUAUUACACACAUAUAUAUGAUAGGAUUAUAAUGUACCCAAGUUUAACUAUUAGGAAUAUAAUUUUGAUUCUGAAGUUCAGAGUUCUUAAUACUAUUUGUCUGUAGUAAU